CUCCAUUGUAUCGUCCAAUACUAUACAGCACAGCACAAUAACGAUAAAAUGCCUGACCAAAUAUCCGUCCUCUUUGUCUGUCUGGGCAACAUCUGUCGCUCGCCCAUGGCCGAAGGCAUCUUUCAACACCUCGCUAAGCAGCCGAAUCUCAAAGACAAGAUCGGGCGCAUCGAUUCUUGUGGAACAGCUGCUUAUCACAGCGGCGAGCCCCCGGAUGACCGAACCAUGUCUACACUAGAGGCCAACGGUAUAGACGAUUAUGACCAUCUCGCGCGGCGCUUCCACCCGAGCGAUUUCACCACUUUCGACUACAUCUUUGCCAUGGAUCGAUCAAACCUCUCAGAUCUUCUCCGACUACAAAAGAACAACCCGGACUCGACCGCCAAGGUGAUGCUGUUCGGAGAGUUCAGCGGCACAAAGCGACCCGAGAUCGUCAAUGACCCAUACUACGGCGGAAACGACGGCUUCUCCAAGGCAUACGAGCAGUGCACGCGAUUCUCCAAGAACUUUGUAAAGGAGACUUUUGGAGAAGAGUAAAAACCAGGAUUAGCGGAUAGAGAGACAAGGAUGUGGACGAGUUAUAAUACCCGAUGCCUGUAUAGCAUACAGAGGUCAAGGAAUGGGGGAAAUAAGGUUGGACAGGGU